AUGUCUGUUAUUGUUCCAACAGGUCCAAUUGCUCCACCAAUGGAGGCCACAGGCGAUCGUCUUAUAACCCUGGAAUUGCAGGACGGCGUGGCCGUUCAAGGGUACUCGUUCGGUGCCGAAAAGCCUGCAGCCGGUGAAUUGGUCUUUCAAACCGGUAUGGUCGGAUACCCUGAGUCGAUCACCGAUCCGUCGUACGAAGGUCAGAUCCUGGUCAUCACGUUCCCCCUCGUCGGCAACUACGGUGUUCCUGACCGUAAUUUGGUGGACGAAUUGAUCGAUUCCUUGCCCAGAUACUUCGAAAGCUCUCGCAUCCAUAUUGCUGGUCUCGUUGUCGCUCACUACACCGAGGAAUACUCGCACUGGCUUGCGCAGUCCUCUCUCGCGGCAUGGUUGAAAGAACAAGAAAUUCCAGCCGUAUACGGCGUGGACACCAGAGCCCUGACCAAGCAUUUGAGAGACAGCGGAUCUAUGCUGGGAAGAUUGGCUUUGCAAAAGCCGGGCGCGGACUUUUCUCGUGCCACUUCUGCCGAGUGGGUAGACUCUUUCGAAAUUCCCGAAUGGUACGACCCAAAUGUCCAGAACUUGGUUGCCAAGGUCUCUAUCAAGAGCCCUAAGCUAUACGUGCCACCAUCUGACUUCGAUUCUUCAAAGCUUCAAACUGGUCCCGAUGGCAAAACUUUGAGAAUUUUGGCCAUUGACGUCGGUAUGAAAUAUAACCAAAUCCGCUGUUUUGUUAGACGCGGUGUGGAGCUCUUGGUUGUCCCAUGGGACUAUGACUUCACAAAGGAACAAUAUGACGGUCUGUUUAUCUCCAACGGUCCUGGUGACCCUUCUGUUCUUACCGAACUUGGAAGCAGAUUGGCCAAGGUCAUGGAGACCAAUAAAACUCCCGUGUUUGGUAUCUGCUUGGGUCAUCAAUUGCUUGCUAGAGCUUCCGGUGCAUCUACUUUGAAAUUGAAAUUUGGUAACAGAGGCCACAAUAUUCCAUGUACCUCAACUAUCUCAGGCAAGUGUUAUAUCACAUCUCAAAACCACGGUUUCGCAGUCGAUGUUGACACUUUGUCUCCAGGAUGGAAACCUUUGUUCGUCAAUGCCAACGACGGUUCCAACGAAGGUAUAUACCACACUGAGCUUCCAUAUUUUUCAGUCCAGUUUCAUCCAGAGUCCACUCCCGGCCCAAGAGAUACAGAGUUCCUAUUCGAUGUUUUUAUCAACGCCGUCAAGGAUUUCAAGUUCAACGGGGUUUUCAAGGCAGUUGAAUUCCCAGGUGGCUUGUUGGCGGAUAAUCUAGCUGCACACCCUCGUGUUGAAGCCAAGAAGGUGUUAGUUUUGGGGUCUGGUGGUCUGUCCAUUGGACAGGCCGGAGAGUUCGAUUACUCUGGUUCUCAGGCAAUCAAAGCAUUGAAAGAAGAGGGAAUUUACACGAUUUUAGUCAACCCCAACAUUGCUACUAUUCAAACCUCGAAAGGUUUGGCCGACAAAGUUUACUUUUUACCAGUCACUGCUGAAUUCGUGAGGAAGGUGAUCCUUCACGAACGCCCUGAUGCUAUUUACGUCACUUUUGGUGGCCAAACUGCUCUAUCCGUUGGUAUCGAGAUGAAGGACGAGUUCAAAGCUUUGGGCGUGAAGGUCUUGGGUACUCCAAUUGAUACCGUUAUUACCACAGAAGAUCGUGAGCUCUUUUCAAACGCUAUGGAUGAAAUCAAUGAGAAGUGUGCUAAAUCCAAAGCGGCCUCGUCGGUCCAGGAGGCCUUGGAAGCUGUCAAAGAUAUUGGCUUCCCAGUCAUUGUCCGUGCAGCUUAUGCUCUUGGCGGUCUAGGUUCUGGUUUCGCUAAUAACGAGAAGGAGCUUGUGGAUCUCUGUAACGUGGCGUUCGCCUCCUCUCCGCAAGUUUUGGUGGAAAGAUCCAUGAAAGGCUGGAAAGAAGUUGAAUACGAGGUCGUCAGAGACGCCUUUGAUAACUGUAUCACCGUCUGUAACAUGGAAAAUUUCGAUCCUUUGGGGAUCCAUACUGGUGACUCUAUUGUCGUUGCACCAUCUCAAACUUUGUCAGAUGAAGAUUACAAUAUGUUGAGAACUACAGCGGUGAAUGUCAUUAGACACCUGGGAGUUGUCGGUGAGUGUAACAUCCAAUACGCCCUCAAUCCUUUCAGCAAAGACUAUUGCAUUAUUGAAGUUAAUGCUCGUCUGUCUCGUUCCUCUGCCUUGGCUUCAAAAGCUACUGGGUACCCAUUGGCUUACACAGCAGCAAAAUUGGGUUUGAACAUUCCAUUGAAUGAAGUGAAAAACUCUGUUACACAGUCCACAUGUGCUUGUUUCGAGCCAUCUUUGGAUUACUGUGUUGUGAAGAUGCCAAGAUGGGACUUGAAAAAGUUUCACAGGGUUUCCACGGCUUUGUCCUCUUCCAUGAAAUCUGUUGGGGAAGUAAUGAGUAUCGGGAGAACUUUCGAGGAAGCCAUUCAGAAAGCAAUCAGAUCUACUGAGUAUGUUAAUCUGGGAUUUAAUGAAACGGACGAUGAACUCGACAUCGACUAUGAGCUUCAAAACCCAACAGACCAGCGUAUUUUCGCUAUCGCAAACGCGUUCUCGAAGUUGAACUAUUCGGUGGAUAAGGUCUGGGAGCUGAGCAACAUUGACAAGUGGUUUUUGACUAAGCUCUAUGACCUUGUCAAAUUUGCAAAGCAUGUUGAAGGUUACAACAGGAUCGAGAAGCUGCCUGCGUUGGUGUUGAAGCAAGCUAAGCAGCUGGGAUUUGAUGACAGACAAGUUGCCAAGUUCGUGAACUCGAACGAAGUCGCUGUUAGACGUUUGAGAAAGGAACAUAACAUUCUUCCUUUUGUCAAACAAAUUGACACUGUUGCUGCAGAAUUUCCUGCUCACACCAAUUACCUUUACAUGACUUACAAUGCUGCUACGCAUGAUUUGAGCUUUGAUGACCACGGUGUAAUGGUUCUUGGAUCUGGUGUUUAUCGUAUCGGUUCAUCGGUGGAAUUUGACUGGUGUGCUGUCACAGCCGUGCGUACGCUGCGUAAGAACAACAUCAAGUCAAUCAUGAUUAAUUAUAACCCUGAAACGGUCUCAACAGACUAUGACGAAGCGGACAGGUUGUACUUCGAAACCAUCAGCUUGGAGAGGAUUCUCGAUAUUUAUGAAAUCGAGUCGUCCAACGGUGUGGUCGUGUCCAUGGGUGGACAAACCUCGAACAACAUUGCUAUGUCCCUGCACCGUGAGAACGUCAAAAUUCUGGGCACCGCACCUGAAAUGAUUGACGCUGCCGAAAAUCGUUACAAGUUCUCUCGUAUGUUGGAUCAAAUUGAAGUUGACCAGCCGGCAUGGAAAGAACUUACGUCCAUGGACGAAGCUGAAGCUUUUGCCGAGGCCGUCAGCUACCCUGUUUUGGUCCGUCCAUCUUACGUUCUAUCGGGUGCGGCUAUGAAUACCGUAUACAGCAAAGACGACCUUGCCUCCUACUUGAAUCAAGCAGUUGAAGUCUCUCGUGACUAUCCUGUCGUCAUUACCAAGUACAUCGAAAAUGCAAAGGAGAUUGAGAUGGACGCUGUAGCCAAGAAUGGUGAGCUGGUUAUGCACGUUGUUUCUGAGCACGUUGAAAACGCUGGUGUUCACUCAGGAGAUGCUACACUGAUUGUACCACCUCAAGAUUUGGACCCCGAAACCGUGAACAGAAUUGUCGUGGCUACCGCUAAAAUCGGAAAGGCUUUGAAGAUCACCGGUCCCUUCAACAUCCAGUUCAUUGCUAAAAAUAAUGAUAUUAAGGUUAUCGAGUGUAAUGUUCGUGCUUCGCGUUCUUUCCCAUUCAUUUCCAAGGUUGUCAAUGUUAACUUGAUCGAAAUGGCCACAAAGGCAAUCAUGGGGCUGCCAGUCACACCUUAUCCAACUGAAAAACUCCCAGAAGACUAUGUCGCUGUCAAAGUUCCCCAAUUCUCUUUCCCACGUCUGGCUGGUGCUGACCCUGUUCUCGGGGUUGAAAUGGCAUCGACUGGUGAAGUCGCUACCUUCGGGCACUCUAAGUAUGAGGCAUACAUCAAAUCGCUUUUGUCGACGGGAUUUAAGAUGCCUAAGAAAAACGUUUUGCUCUCCAUCGGUUCAUACAAAGAAAAACAAGAAAUGUUAUCUUUUGUGAAGAAGCUAUACAACAUGGGCUAUAAGCUAUUUGCGACUGCUGGUACCGCUGAUUUCAUUUCCGAGCAUGGCAUCCCUGUUCAGUAUUUGGAAGUGCUUAACGAAGGAGAUGACGAAAAGUCUGAAUACUCCUUGACGCAACAUUUGGCUGAAAACAAGAUUGACUUGUACAUUAAUUUGCCAUCGGCGAACAGGUUCCGUCGUCCAGCCUCUUACGUUUCAAAAGGUUAUCAGACACGUCGUAUGGCGGUGGAUUAUUCUGUUCCACUAGUGACAAAUGUGAAGUGCGCCAAGCUUUUGAUCGAGGCCCUUUCACGAAACUUGAAACUGGACGUUUCUGAAAGGGACGCUCAAACUUCUCACAGAACGGUUUCAAUUCCUGGUUUGAUCAACAUUUCAUCUUACAUUCCUAAUAUCUCCAACGUUGUUCAGGGCCCUGAUGAAAUGAAGGAAAUUACGAGGCUUUCUGCGGAAUCGGGCUUCACCUAUUCGCAAAUCAUGCCAAAAUCUACCAUUGGCCCUGUUGUGACAAACGAGCAGUCCAUGAAGGUGGCAAACUCUGUCGUAGAGGGUUCUGCUUUCACUGAUUUUGGUCUAACAGUUGCCGCCACAGCGAACAACGUCGCUGACGUAGCCCAAUGCGCCAAUGGUGCCAACGCAUUAUUUUUGCCUCACCGUGAGCUCACUGGAAAAAUAGCUGCUGUUGCUGAACAUUUGAAAAAUUGGCCUUUGGAAAAGCAGGUCAUUGCCGAGGCGAAGACAUCUGAUCUAGCCUCAGUUAUCUUGCUGGCCUCCCUACAAAACAGACCAAUUCAUAUCACUGGCGUUUCUACUAGGGACGACUUGUCUUUGAUCAUGACUGUCAAAGAAAAGCAAGAUAUGGUGACUUGUGACGUGAACAUUCACGCCCUAUUUGUCAGUCAAUCAGACUACCCUGAGGCUAAAUUUCUACCAACGGAUGAAGACCAAGAAUUUUUCUGGCGUAACUUGGACUCUAUUGAUGCAUUCUCUAUUGGAGCCCUACCCACAAUGCUUGCUCAAGUUACAGGACGCGAAAUCGUCACUGGUAUGGGUAUCAAAGAAGCUUUGCCUCUUCUUCUAUCCGCAGUAAACAAAGGCAGAUUGACGAUUGAAGACAUUGUCGAGCGCUUGCAUGACAAUCCAUCGAAGAUUUUCAAUAUUCCAACACAAAAAGCAGAAGUGGAAGUUGACCUAGAUUUUGCAUUCAGACACACUAAGAGAUGGUCUCCAUACACCAAAGGCGGCCUGACUGGAGGUGUUGAGCGCGUUAUUGUCAAUGAGGAAACCAUUGUUUUGAGUGGUGAUCUAGUUACUGCUGAAGCUCAAGGUAAACCAGUCGUGAGCGGUAGUAAGGUGAUUGCACCUUCAUUUCCUCCUACCACUGAAAUUCCUACCAGCAGCAGAAAAAGAUUCUCGUUCUCCAACGAGAAACGUUCUUCUUUUGCCAGUAUCAAUGAGGAAGAGGAAGCGUUAUUAGAUCAACCUUUGGAGCAAAGAUUGAUGUCUUCUAGACCACCCAAAGAGCUAGCUGCACCAGGCGCUAUUCAGAGUUUGAUCAGAGGUAACAAUCCCUUCUUGCGGAGAAAUAUCUUAUCUGUCAACCAAUUCAAGCGUUCCGACUUCCAUGCUUUGUUUGCGGUAGCACAAGAAUUAAGAUCCGGUGUUGAAAGGGAAGGUAUUCUAGACAUUAUGAAGGGUCGGUUGUUGACAACCAUUUUCUACGAACCAUCGACUCGUACAUCAUCGUCUUUCAUUGCUGCUAUGGAACGUUUGGGAGGCAGAACAGUCAACAUUAACACAACCUCUUCAUCCGUUAAAAAGGGUGAAACUCUACAGGACACGAUCAGAACGUUAGCGUGCUACUCGGAUGCUAUUGUUUUGCGUCAUCCCGACGAGAUGUCUGCUCACACUGCUGCCAAGUACUCCCCCGUUCCAAUUUUGAACGGUGGUAACGGUUCGCGUGAGCAUCCUACUCAAGCUUUCCUGGACCUGUUCACUAUCCGUGAAGAACUGGGUACCGUGAACGGUAUUACUGUUACAUUCAUGGGUGAUUUGAGAUACGGAAGACCCGUACACUCGUUGUGCCGUUUGUUGAGACACUACCAAGUUAGAAUCAACUUGGUUUCCCCCUCCGAACUCAGCUUGCCAACUGCCUUGCGCACGGAACUUGCCAAGGCUGGAAUGCUUGGCGUUGAAAGCGAAGUUUUGACGCCUGAGAUCAUUUCGAAAUCUGAUGUAUUGUACUGCACUAGAGUGCAGAAAGAAAGAUUCGAAAACGCUGACCAAUACGAAAAACUGAAGGACGUCUACAUUGUGGACAACAAAAUCUUGGCUCAUGCAAAGGACCAAAUGGUUGUCAUGCAUCCAUUGCCUCGUGUGAACGAAAUCCGUGAGGAAGUAGACUAUGAUCACCGUGCCGCAUACUUCAGACAGAUGAGAUAUGGACUAUUCGUCAGAAUGGCUCUUUUGGCCAUGGUAAUGGGUGUUGAUCUCUGA